AUGUUUUAGGGCAAACCCUCUAAGAUCUUAACCCUUCUACUUAUACAUCAAAAUAACUAGAUUUUGUUAGCCAUGAAAAAGAGAGGGUUUGGAAUGGGCAAAUACAAUGGAUUUGGAGGUAAAGUGGAAAAGAAUGGAGAAUCAAUUUUUUAAGCAGCAAUAAGGGAAACUUAAGAGGAAGGUUGUAUUACUCCUACAGAUGCAUAGUUUAUUGGGUAUAUCAAGAUGGAUUAUGACUGUGAAAAAGAAACACUCAAAGUACAUAUCUUCAAGGCCACUCAAUUUGAUGGAGAAGUUAAAGAGACCGAAGAAAUGAAACCACAAUGGUUCGAUGUUGCAAAAAUACCCUACAAUUAAAUGUGGAUUGAUGAUUAAUAUUGGUUUCCAUAUAUGCUUGAGAACAAAUGUUUUUCUGGCUAUUUGCAAUUUGAAGGACAUGAGAAAUUAAUCUUAUCAGAAUUAAAAGAAGUUACAAAUUAAGAGUUAAUGAGCAUUUCAGAGAUGGAAUCUGAAAUAAGAUUGUAAUGAUCAAUUAUAUUUCGUCAUUAAUUAAAAAUGUAUAAUCAAAGUUC